CUGGGCCGGGCCGAUCCCCUCCCCGCUGCCGCCUCCUCCUGGGCUGGGCCCGCGGUGUCUCGUCCCCUCGCGGAGCCGCUCCUGCCGCCGCCGCCGCCUCCUCAUUCAUCCUCGUGCACCAUAGGCGGCACAGGCACCAAGAUGUCCAACCGAGUGGUCUGCCGGGAAGCCAGUCACGCCGGGAGCUGGUACACAGCCUCAGGACCGCAGCUGAAUGCACAGCUAGAAGGUUGGCUCUCACAAGUACAGUCGACAAAAAGACCUGCUAGAGCCAUUAUUGCACCCCAUGCAGGAUAUACGUACUGUGGAUCUUGUGCUGCCCAUGCUUACAAACAAGUGGAUCCAUCUAUUACCCGGAGAAUUUUCAUCCUUGGGCCUUCUCAUCAUGUGCCCCUCUCUCGAUGUGCACUUUCCAGUGUGGAUAUAUAUAGGACACCUCUAUAUGACCUUCGUAUUGACCAAAAGAUUUACGGAGAGCUAUGGAAGACAGGAAUGUUUGAACGCAUGACUCUACAGACAGAUGAAGAUGAACACAGUAUUGAAAUGCAUUUGCCUUAUACAGCUAAAGCCAUGGAAAGCCAUAAGGAUGAGUUUACCAUUAUUCCUGUACUGGUUGGAGCUCUGAGUGAGUCAAAAGAACAGGAAUUCGGAAAACUCUUCAGUAAAUAUCUAGCGGAUCCUAGUAAUCUCUUUGUGGUUUCUUCUGAUUUCUGCCAUUGGGGUCAAAGGUUCCGUUACAGUUACUAUGAUGAAUCCCAGGGGGAGAUUUAUAGAUCCAUUGAACAUCUAGAUAAAAUGGGAAUGAGUAUUAUAGAACAAUUAGAUCCUGUAUCUUUUAGCAAUUACUUGAAGAAAUACCAUAAUACUAUAUGUGGAAGACAUCCCAUUGGGGUGUUAUUAAAUGCUAUCACAGAGCUCCAGAAGAAUGGAAUGAAUAUGAGCUUUUCCUUUUUGAAUUAUGCCCAGUCAAGCCAGUGUAGAAACUGGCAAGACAGUUCCGUGAGUUAUGCAGCUGGAGCACUCACAGUCCACUGAAGCUCUGAAUCCUCAGGGAUGCCACCUGCACAUACUCAUACUCUGUCUGGGGUCCCAGCCUAGCCUCUACCAAGAUAUUGGUUCUGGUUUGGGGGGGGGAUUCUGAAACCUCAAACUAAUAGAACUUUCUUCUCUUUUCUAGUAGGUGUAGUCCUUCUUAAUUUCAGUUCAUUAAAAAAUGCUUUAUAGUUUUGGGCAGUGGAAGGAAGGCUGGCAUCAAAAAUAUUUUGAUUAUAAAAGGUGACAAUGUAAGGCCCAGUUGUGGCAGACAGAUUUUUGAGAGUAACUUGUAAAGCAUUUACCAUAUCCUAAAUUUGCACUCUUUGCAGACUUGUGCACAUAUAUUCCGCUUUCAGAAUAGUUUUGCAAAUUGUACACAAACAAACAAAAAGGGGUGGAAGCUUUUUAAUAAAGAAAUUGCAUUUAUAAAUGAUCUGUAUUAGAAUAUAAUAAAUCUCCAGUUAUAGACAAUUACUACCCGUAUUGUACAACAGAUACCUUCUAUUUUAGUUGCUAAUAAAGGGCUACACAACUCAAAAUAGUCUGAUUUAAACUUAUUGCUCUGUGGUAUAUGAAAAUUGUUUUUUAUUAAUUCCAUCUCAGAAUUGUUAAAUAUGGUAACCCCCAGCUCUUAUGUAAAAAUAUAUUAGGAUGUAUUUUAUAUUUUACCUAUUUAUGUGAUAUUUUUUAAAUCACAGAAAUGAGAGUUAUAUAAUUUUAAAGUUAACUUUUAAAAUUACAUUCAUUUGUCUUUUUGUGUGUGACAUCCCUUUAUGUCAUUACUAUAUUGUAAUAGAAUAUAGUGAAAGAACAUACCUGUAGUCCUUUACUUCAAAUAUCAUGUUUGACAGUCUGCAAAUGAGGAAACAUUGAAGAGUGGUGUUAGUGAUUUUCAAAUCAUUGCAGACCAAACACUGCUAUACUUUUGUAGUGUUUUAAUCAAUUUGACCCUUUUACUUGAAUUUUUAGUAAGAAAUCAUUAACAAUAUCAAUAAUAACAACAAAAACCCACUGGACUUAAACUUUUACAAUUUUUGUUGUUGUAAUUUUUGGUGCGGUUCUUCCAACUAAAAUUAUGGUAUGGUGUUGUAUUUCUUUCUUUUAACACAGACAAAUUGUAGAUACUUUAAGGAAAAAAAAAGUAAUUUGUUCACUCACUGAAAAAAAAAUUUAGCUACCAUUCAUGUUCUAUAUUAUACUUAUUUUAGCACAACAUUGGGUAUCCACAUUAUAUUGCAGAGUGCUUAUAUCUUCAGUGUUAUGCCGAAAUAUAGCAAUUUUAGAUGCCUUGUACCAAUUGUACUUAAAGAUUUGCAUUCUCAUUUAUUAAAUAUCAACUCCCUAAACUCAAGAAUGAAAUAAAAUACCAUUACCUUUUGGAUUCAAAAUUACGCACCUACAUAUGUGUAGAAAUUGUAGUUUUCCACAUUAGUGAUUUGUUUUUCAUCAUUUAGAUACACUUUUGAGUACCAUAAAUAUUUAUUUUUUGUUUAAUAUACAUUUUAAAAGUUUCCAAAUUGAGUACAGAAUGAAGUUUUAAAAGAAUGUUUUCUGAAUAUCAUAGAAACAUAAGCAUUUUAGAAAAUUUGGAAAAUAUUGAGAAGUGUAAAGAAAAGGAAAUAUAAUCUGUAAUUUCACGGCCCAGAGAUAAUACUGUUAAUAUUUUUCUGUGUUUUCUUUUAGUAUUUGUCUAUGCUAUUUACAUGUAUGAAUGUGUGUAUAUGUGUUUGUAUGGGUGUAUAAUAACAAAAUUAAGAUAUUGCUGACCAUAUAGUUGUUUACCCUGGUUUUUAUAGCCUAACAUCAUAUCAUAAGCACCUACUUCUGUCUUUGUAAAUGGUUUUUUAAAAAUGGAUGGCUAAUAUUCUGUUGUCUAUGAAAAUGCUAUAACCAGUUCUCUCUUUGGGUGUUAGGUUGUUUCUAAUCUUUCACAAUUUUAUAGUGGGAUGGACAUCCUUAUAUAUAAAAUUCAAGUUCUAUAUUAGACUUGUUCUCUAGGAUAUAGUUAUAGGAAUAGAAUAAAUAGUUUACAUAGUAAUAACUUCUUAGACUUUUUAAAACAUUGCCAAAUUACCCUUCAGAAAGAUUGUACCAAAUUAGUAGCAUUGGGUACCCAUUGUGGUGCCCCUUCACAAACAUAAUUUUUUUGAUCUUUGACAAUUUGUAAAGAAACUAAUUGGAUGUUUCUUCAGUUUUAUUUUAUAUUAUUUUACUAAAAAUUGCUUCCUAGUUGAUCAUUUACUGUUCUGUACUUUUAUAGUUGAUUGAUUUUAAAAAAGACAAGAGGAUUGCUGAGGUUGAGUGGCGUUAACAGUCCUGCACUUUUAAAACUAGAAUAUUUCAAUCUUACUCCACCCUUUUGUGGAACAUGAGCAUAUCUUUUCUAUCUAAUUAUGAAGUAGAAGGAAUUCCAAACUGAUAGUUGAAUGUUGGGUUUUAGUUUCAUCUCUGCCCCUCGUUAGCUUUCUCAUCUAUUUCAUGUCACAUUGGAAUUUUCACAUCUGUAAAACAUGGAGAUGUCUCAAAGUACUUUGAUGUUAUUAUUUCAUUUUUUAAUAGAUUAUGGUGUCACAUAUGUUAAAUAGCUACAUGAUUGAAUUAGAUCAGAGGAAUUAUCUUUUGACUUCAACUCUAUGUAGGUGAAAAUGAAAAUCUUGUUCUUUAACUUAAAAGGGAAAUUAAUUUGCAUUAUUUAAUGCAGUUAAUAUUACCUAAAUUGUUGAUCUUAAGCUUUCCUAUUUUAAGUGCCUUUAAAAUUUUUUUUAUAUUUCAAAUUUAAGAUGUGAAGGAAAUUAUUAGUAGUUCUGUACAGUUGCUUCUUUAUUAUGUAUUUUUGAGUUGUUGGCAGCAGCUUUUUUUUUAACCAUAAAUUUCACAGAGCAGAAUAUUCAUGGAUUCUUCACUGUCCCACUAGUGGUUCCUUGAGAAAUAUAUGUUAAAGAUUAGGUCAGUAAUCAGGUAAGUGCUCAGUCUUGGGUGAUAUUAAAUCUUGUACAGAGUAGAAUAAAGAACUAGCCAGAUGUUCUAGUGCUUAUAUUUACAUAUUUUAAUGUGAAUAUUGGUUUCCUGAACUAGUUAAUAGUUAUUGUUCUAGAUCUCAAAUUUUGCCUUGGAAGCAAAUAGUUCAUUCCCCUAGAUUAGGGGUUGGCAGAUGUUUCCUGUGAAGGACCAGAUAGUAAAUAUUUUAGGCUUCACAGGCUCUAUGGUCUCUAGGUACAACUCUUCUCCUUUGCCAUUGUAGUACAAAACUAGCCAUAGACAAAAUGGAGUCAAACAAAUGUGAAUAUAUUUUAAUAAAACUUUAUUUACAUAAUAAUGGUGCACGGGAUUGGCCUGCAGACCAUAAUUUGCUGCCUGUUGUCCUAGAUUGUAUAGUUUGUUUGUUGUUCAAAGUUAGCUAAAAAUCGAAACUGCAACAAGUGAUUUUAAGUUUAUUCUUUUCAACCAUGUCUUGAGUUGAUGCAGUCUAAUUGGAUUUGAGUGUUAUGAUCACAAAGGCAAAUGGAACCCAGUAUGGAAAACUAGGUCUUUAUUUGCUGAAAUCCAUUGAGUUUACUUUGCUGACUUAUUAAUCAAAAGGAGGGAUCAGUGGAGAUUGAUUGUUACAAAUUCUUUAUUUUUUAUUUUGGUUCUGGGGGUUGAACCCAGUACUUGUGCAUGAUAAAGUACAUGUACUACUGCUGAGCUACAUCCUUAACCUGUUGCAAAUUCUUUAAAUUAAGUUUUGGCUACCUAGAUGAUAGCAAAGGAUAGAUCAAAUGUACCUUUUGAUCUACCUGAGUAUUUUAGGACACUAGACCAAUAUUUUUUUAAAAACUAUGAAAUGUGAGAGUUUAUUUUGCUAUGUAGACUUUUGGAAAAAUAACUACUAUCUUCUAUCAUUUUAUUUAAACAAUGACCCCCAUCCCCCCACCCCUCACACUAUUAAGGAAUGUCUUAAACUCAGAAUAAAGGAGAGUAAUUUAACUUGAAUAACGUUAAGUUGAUAAAAACAAUUACUACAUUGUUACCUUCUCAUUUAUUCAGUAUCACUGUGAGGAAAACACAUACCUCAUCAAGUAAUAGUAUCUAGUAUAUAAAGUGGCACCUGGGAAUAGCUGUGAUAUAGUUGUUGAAAAACCUAAUGUAGUCGUAAAGUGUUAACAGUCAUAAGUCACAUGCAUUCUGCUGUUUAGACUAAAAAUUGUAUCCUAUUAGGUUAAAUUGUAAGUGCCACAUAGUAAGAGGACCACUAUGAACUGGAGUGGCAAUACAGAGGCAACCAAAAUGAUGAAGGCCUAUGUGAAGAGUAGGAUGUAGUUGAAGAAAUUUGUGAUAUUUAUUUUGGAGAAGAUAAGUUUAAGGAGAGGGGGUUUUCUUUAGAUGUUUCAAUGAUAGUCAAAUAUAAGAGGAAUAGAAUUGUUGUGUUUUAUAGGUAGAAAAUUAGGAGUAAAAAAUAAUGGUUUCUGGUUCCACAUAUAAUGUACUAUAUGAGGAUUUCUAGUAAUGAAAAUUGGCUCUGUCCUCAUAAAAUCAUUGGAAAUAUUCAGACAAAAUUUAGGUGAGUGAUUUUCAAAGUAGAAUUCUCAAAGUAGAACUAAUAAAAACUUCAAUAUCACCUGGAGAUAUUUUAUAGAUGCAUAUAACUUUAAUAAUUACUAUUAUAUAUCACCAAGCUAAUGAAAUUAGUACAAAUAAAAUGGAAUUUACCAGGGGUUGGGGUUGUGGCUCAGUGGUAGUGCACUUGCCUAGCAUGUAUGAGGCACUGGAUUCGAUCCUUAGCUUCACAUUAAAAAAAAAUAAAUAAAAUAAAGGUAUCGUGUCUAUCUACAACUAAUAAAGAAAUGAUUUUUAAAAAAUAGAAUUUAUCUCUUGUAUAAAACUUAAAUUAUUUUUAAAUAAAAAAUAAUUUUAAUUACUUAUCACUAACUUUGAACAGAUUAUAAGUUGAAAAGAUGAUUAUCACUUGAUGGUAGAGCCUUUAGAUCAAUUAGUUCCUUUGUUUUAGUUAAAGCAUUUAGAUAGAAAACAAAGUUCUGGCUAUUUUCUAAUAUAAAUUUAAAUUGAUCUUUGAAUAAGUGGCUACUUUCUUAAACAGGUGCUUCUUCAGUCUAAAACACAGCCAUAUCAGUAGCAGAAAAGGGUACUGAAAAAAGUAACUGUUUUUGUAUCUUGGUGUCAGAAUAUUAGGAGGAAAACCAAAAUCAGCUGGCAGAUAAAAUUUUUCCUGUUGUUUUUCUGUUACUCUCAGCACACAACCUGCAUGUAUGACUGAGUGGUGUAUGGCAUGCCAUCAUUAGUGACCAUGCUUCACAUUCUUAAGAUGCUCCCUCAGGUAAUAGUGAUAACUGAGACCUCUGUCUCCUUAAGGUUGCUAUUUUGGGUGGAUUUUGUUUGCCUAUCUUAUCUCUACAAGUUCAUUACUACUAUGUGAAGAACUUUAGUGUUUCAGAUUUGUCAUGUAUUCCAGGGUUUUCUGUGGAUUCCAGAGUGGUUUAACCUAGAUGUAUUAGAUUAUUCUUCAUGUGUGGAUGUGCAGAGGUAUGCUUGCACAUUCAGAGUUUUGGUCAUCACACUAUGAAAAUAAUGGGGGAAAAAAGCCAGUUUUUUUGAAAGCCAUAAUAUAAUGCAAUUGGUUUCUUAUUAUAAAUUGUAAAUGAUGUUCAAGUGCACACUUCAUACUGCAAAGUAAAGUUUGUAACUAUUUGACGUGGUCAUAUUUCCCUGUCAUCCUAAUAAUGAAACCAAAGUGAAUAUACAUGGGCCAUUAUUAAAAAAAAAAAAAAAAAAAAAAAAAAAAGCUACUAAAGGCCAAAUGUAUUCAACUAUAAGGAGGACCUGAGUUCUGAUCUUGAAUCUGUCAAUGUAAACUUCUGAAGAAUAUUUUAUUUUUUCUGACCAUGAUAUUCUGAGUUAUUUACCUGAUGUGAUGUUAUAUACAUUUAAGUAAAAAGUGCUAAAACAAGAUGAAAACUAAAACAGCAGAUCAUAUUGACUGAGUUUUGUGAGUUUCUAAAAAAAUAAAGGUAUUUUUAACUUAACUUUUUUAUAAAUGGAAUUUUUUCUGAGAAUUUUUUUCCUUUUAAAAUGUAUUCUUUUGAAUCUGAUUAAUAAGUAGACAUUCAAUUGGUGUUUGUUCAGUUUCAUUGAAUUGAAUGUUGAAGCAAGGAGAGCAAGUGACAAUUUUGAUGUAAAAUAUUUUAAAAAUGCUGGUUGUGGUGGUGCACGCCUGUAAUCCCAGUGGCUUGGGAGGCUGAAGCAGGAGGAUUGUGAGUUCAAAGUCAGCCUCAGCAGAAGUGAGGCACUAAGCAAUUCAGUGAGACCCUGUCUAUAAAUUAAAUACAAAAUAGGGCUGGGGAUGUAGUGCUCAGUGGUUGAGCACCCCUGAGUUCAAUCCCUAGUACCCCCCCCCAAAAAAAAAAAAAUUUCUAAACGCCAGGAAUAUGUAAACCUUUUAAUUGGAAGCACCUUUUAAUUGAAGUUUUUCUAUUUUCGGGUUUUUUAAUAUUUUUUUUUUUUUUUAGUUUUAGGUUGACACAAUAUCUUUAUUUUAUUUUUAUGUGGUGCUGAGGAUUGAACCCAGUGCCUCAUGCAUACGAGGUGAUCACUCUACCACUGAGUUGCAACCCCAGCCCCUCUAUUUUUGGGUUUUAAUUGUGAAAAUCUACCUCCUCACUGAUUUAAAAGAGGGCUGAAUCGAGUGUUCCUAGUCUCUCUGUGUAAUAUGAAAUGAAAUGAGUGACAGUGUAAGUGAUUUGGUAAAUGUGAAACCAUUGGCUCAUGAUUCCUAGGUAAUUUUUAAGCAGUGCCCUGUAGUGUGUACCAUAACCUAAUGGUGUUGCAAAAUAUUUAAAAGUUAACUAAAAUGUACGUUAGCCUCAUGACCAAUGGCAUUUCUAGUCAACUCUAAAGAAGAAAGACACUGUGGAAUGCUAGAAGCACUGGACUAGAAUCCAUUUUCAACUUUGUGGGUGAGUUGCUGCUUCUUUGCUGAAAAGUCACUGCCCCUUUCUAAAACAGAGUUUAUUUCUUUAUUAAUGUGAAUUGAAUAAUAUGACUUCUAGGAGCCUCUCCACCUUAUUUAUGUAAUAUAUUGACAAGACAUUUUUACCUUCAUUUUACUGAUGAGGUACCAGAGACUCACAAAUUGCAUGACUUUCUUAAGUUUGUAUAGCCAUUUAGUAGCAAAGCUAGGACACGAAGUCGGUUUUUAUUUCCAGUUCUGCAUAUUUCAGAUACUGUUCCACAUUCUGGAUUUUGUUUUUGGUGUUGGUGGUUUAUAAUAAUCUGUUGAAUUUAAAAAGCAAUGGGGUUUUGUAAGUUUAAUUAAAAUGGAAAUUAUUCAUAGAAAUGCGUAUUUUGAUUAAUUUGUGUAAAAGUAGAUUCUUUUUGUUGUGUGGUUCAGAUACUUCCCUAACACUGUAUUUCCAUUUCUCCGAUGGGAGGUUUUCUUUAAGAUCUCAAAAAUCCACUCUGCUGCUUAUUACAUCAUUACAAUGUACUACUUCUGUGUAAUAGGACAAUGACAAGAAUGGAAUUUAAAUAAUUUGGUAUGUGAGUCUUAACUGAUGGUGAGACUUUGUGGCAGAUAUUUGACUCUCAUCAUUGUAGCCCAUAUAUAAAGUGUUCUGCAAGCACCUGUGAUUCUGCCUUGAAUUUUUUUCAGCUAUACACAGAGCAGAAGAUAAUGCCCUGGGAGCAGCCUUCAGCCAGUGAUGGAUGGGAGUUGGAGGAUGAUUAUUCUAGCUUUGUUAUCUUUCUGGUGAUAGUCUCAGGCAUUUUUGACUGUUGUCUAGAAUUCCCAGAAAGACUGGUCAUCACUGCUCAUAGCAGGAAACUCUAAUACAUAUUUUUUAUUUCCUCUCUUCUCUGUAUCACUUCCUGUUCUUUUAUCACUGUUUCCUGGGAUUACCUCCUAAAUAAGCCUCUUGAUGUUGAAACCUUGUUUAAAAGUUUAUUUUUUGGACAAACUAUGAUUCUUUAUUAUGGAAAUUAUUUAUUAAUAGUGUUCAUAUUGUAUUUUUAAAGAUUUCUUUUGGAUAAAAUCUGAAAUUGUAUUUUAAUAUUCUAUUUUAAUUUGUCUUAUAAUUCCAUCCUUGUUCAGUUUAACUUAUUUAGUUUCACUUUAUCACAAGGAAAAGACUCAAGGUUAGAACUAAAAGAAAAGGUUAGAACUCAAGUAGAAAUGUAAAGCAAAAGAUCUUAGGUGGAAAUCUUUCUACACAGUCUUUUAUAAAAUUAUAGGGUGGUAUUGUGAAUAACUUAAGGACAAAAUAGGUUAUAUAUUUUUGUAGAAAUUGAUUUAAAAUGGAAUUUUUUCAGUCUCAGAGAUUAUUUGGUAGUUGGGUCCAGUUUUCUCAUAUUUUACCAAGACCUGCUUAUUCAUAAUCAGCGACUACGAAAGCCUUACCCAACAUUGAUUGUAAAAAUAAAUUUAGUGCAUAGAUAAUUUCUACAAAGAUUAUUCUGUGGUGUUUGUUAAAGCAAAACUUUCUGUGAUCUUAUUAAGAAAUGUGAAAUUUACGAAUUGAACAAGUUCCACAUUAAAUUUGAAGUACAUUGUAAGUAAAAAAGAAACUAUGCGGUCAAUUCUGAGUUGGGUUCUUUGUGUGGAUUAUUCUAUUUGGAUAAUUUGUUGCUUUGUUUGCCUGUGUUUCUUGCAUCUUGUAUUGUUCUUUAAUAUCUUUAAAUUUUUUUAAAAUUGUACUGGUUUUUAUAAUAAUUAUUUUUUAAAUGAUGUAGAAAUUAGUAUUUUUGGCAUGUUAUUCAGUCUUCUUUCCUAUGUAAAAUGAAUGUGAUUUGUGUGUCUCAAAUAUAGUUAUAUAUUGAUUUUGUGAGAUGUAACAUGGAUGAAAUUGUUAGCAAGGGUAUAAUUCUAUUUAUGAAGCUCUAGUAAGAUUAGCAUUCAUGAUAAAUUAGCAAUAAGAAAACAUUUAAAUAAUAUAUUUUAAUAUGUUGGUUAUUAAAUAACAUCUUUAGAUUAAUCUUUUUUUUUUUUUUUUAAAGCAAAGAUACCAGGUGGUAGAUACAAUCUGUUUAGUUGCCUUGUGGCAUUCUCAGAUUCUACCAUGUACUUGUGGCUAUAUGAUGGGACAUUUUUUGACUCUGAAACUGUACUUGUCUUUUGUAAUGGUCAAGAUCAACUGGGUGAUUAGAUUGGAUAAUUUGGUUUUGGGGAAAACCUGUCUUUCACUUGGGACAUAUCAAACUGCUUUAAAGUGACACCCUCACAGAUCUAAAUGGUGGCACAGUGGAAUAAGGUUAUCUGGUAAUUAUUUGCAAAUAUGCUUGUUUUGGUAAAAAAUCUUGUUGCUUUUUUAGACAUAUUAUUUCCAAAUAGCUAUGUAAUUUAUUACUCUAUUCAGACUCGAGCCUUUUGGCAUUUCAGCUAUCCCAUUAUAGCAAGUUAAAAAUCUGUGUAAAGAACUAGAUGUUUUAAAAACUUGUCCAGAAAGCUGGCCCAAUUUCUGGACAGUAAGUAACUUCUACAAGGAAUACUAAGAUAAAAUUGUUAAAAAUGGGGGAUGUCCUUUUAAUAUCUUAGCUGGAAGCUGAAUCCAUGUGUUAAAUAUAACUUAUAAAGCAAGUCUAGAAAAUAGUCUGUUUUCAAAAAUGUACAUAAUUUCCAUUACCAGUAGACCUCUUAUAAACUACAUUUAUACUAAGUAUUGAAGUUCAUUUGAGUCUUUGUUAGGCUUAAGAUGUAUUUGUUUUAUUAGUAUGUCAAAUAUUUGUGUUUGACAUUGUUGUCUCUGUGGAUGUUAUUUUGAUGAGUGUUAUGUAAAGGGUUAGUCUAUACAUGAAAGUUCCACUUUGUAUAAUUGGUAUCUUGUAGUAAUCUAGUCCUUGAUAAAUUUGUUUCAUUUUUUGCCAUUUAAAAAAUCUUCACUUUUAUUAUCUCUAGGGAAACAAUUUUUAACUAAAUGGUAGUAUUAUUAAUUAAAUAGUGAAAGUUUUAAUAUUGUUAAUGCUAUAAUAAUUUAUGAUGAAAUUUAGCUCUGGUAUUUUACAUGGAGUUUUAAGGUCUAAAAGAUAUCACUCUUCACUCAUGAAUUAAUAUAAUAGAGUUAUCAAUGUUAGAUCCAAAAUUGCUUAAUUAUAACGUUGUAAUAGUAAUCUAGAGACUUUUUUAUUAUUUACAAGUGGAUUUCUGUUUUCAAUUCAAUUAAGCUUAUUUGAAAUGGAGAUUUAAAUAAUCUUUCAGAUAAUAGAAGUAUGGUAAUUAUGUAGUGUUACUAGCUUAUUACUUGAAAAGCACUUUGGUUCAGUGUAUGAUAUCAGCUUUUAUAUGAUACAGUUACAUGUUCUUUUGUGUUUUCCAUGGAAUUUUAGCUUUUUAAUUGAGGAGAGAGGUGUCUAUAAUAGCUUGAGAUUUCUGUGCCCAACUUGUGGACAGAAGUUACUCCUGCUAUAAAAUGGUUUAGGAAAAAUAUUUUCAGCAGAAAUAUUUUAAUAAUUUUAGUAUUACAUUGUAACAGAAAGCUGUUUGGUUGGAAUCUGUAGCUUUUCUUACCGGCUUCUAUCUUGUUCUCCCCACCCUCCCUCUUCUCUGUUUUUUAAAUUUUAGUGGUUAUAUUGCCACUGCCUUCUCUACGAGUUUAGGCUUACUAGGCAUUUGAAAUUGGAGUUGUUUUCAAUGAAUUUUAGUCUUUCUGGCCAAGAUGAACUCCCCUCCCUCUAAAUAAUGAGAGAUAUUUUCUAAUAUCAGAGCUUGCAGCAUUCAAUAUUCUUAAAGAAAAACAUGAACCUUUACCAAGUUUUUUACUCAUUUGCAGUUCAGCAGAGGAACAUCCUCAAGAAAGUAACAGAUGGAUUAUGUAAGAAAAUAGAGCCAUUAAGGCUUUUGGGCAUGGGAAUUUUGUCAUGUUCAAUGAAGAAUAAUGUUUUGUCAAAUGAAGAAUAACGAGGUUCUAUAAGUAAAAAACAUAAGACAAAUAUUAAUCAUGUUUUUUUAAAUCCUUGGGGAAAAGAUACUAUAUAUUUUAGUGAUCUUCUAUGUAUUUAGGAACUAAAGUGGUAAAUACUGAGAUACCUGUCUGCUUCCCCUUUUUUAAGUUAAUUGACAGCUCCCUCCUUUUAACACAGGUAAUUCAAUAAUAUUGUUAUUGGUUAAAAUUCUAUUGUGCUAUCAUCUGCUGACAUUUAAAAAAUCCCUUUCCUUUUUAACAUAAAAGAUACUGUUAUGAAGAUAAACAAUAUCUGUCCAUUUCCAUUCUUCUUUUCUCUCUUUGCAGUUCCCCCUAAGAUAUUAAAAACAACAGCAGCAGCAGCAGCAGCAGCAGCAACAACAACAGAGGUCUACUUUUCCAAUCUUGAAGAGGAACUUGGGUUUUCACUUUUUAGUGAUACCUAGACCUGUAGCUUCUAGUUGUAGAUAAAGUAUUCAUUCUCUGGUUUCUUCUUCAGCCAGACAUUAAAAAAAUGGAGACUGGAGCACAGAUGAUUUACUACCCGACAUAUAGCAGACCUGUGUAUGAGUACAGUAAUGGUAUUGGGCACAUUCUCCCAUUUUGAUGUUCAAGCAUACUUUAGGUUCCCCUCCCUCUAAAUUAUCACUAACCUUCCUUCCAGUUUUCCUUCUCUUUUCUGUUUUCCCCUUCUCUUUUUUUGAAACAUAUUUGGGAAGAAAAACCCUAUAGGUAUGCAGUUAAUUUAUAUUCUUAAUUAAUGUCCAGACCUUUAGCUUUACCUCCUAACAGAGUAGCUUUGCCCUCAAUUGUACCAUGCUGAGUUAGUUCAUUGUCCUUCUAAAUGUUACUAUCAAGUUAGAUAGCCUGUAAGAGUAUUGAACUUUAUAAUGUACCAAUAAAAAAUGUGGAAUGAAUAAAAAAAAAGUAUUGGAUUUAAGGAAAAGGGUGAAAGGAAGAAAUAAGUUUUUAAAGGCAUCAGGUUUCAUUGCUCAUGACAAUUUUUGAUCUUAUGUCAAAUAAAAAAUCAUUCAUAAGGAAAACAAAUCAUUUUAUAGAAGUGUCUGUAAAUAUGUAUGUAUUUGUGUUGUUUUCUUUAUCUCCUAAAAUUAUUAAUAAAAAUUGCUUAUAAGUUUC